CUGUCACACUCAUCCCUAACACCAACAUCGUAGUUUGUUACGUGAAAAUUUUCAACGCUAAUUUUUGUUAUUUAAAAGUUAUUUAAUAUUAUUUUCAAUUCUUGAAAGUGUCUUUAACUGAUUGUACAAAUGCAUUAACAACAAAAGCGUUAUCAUUAGCAACUGCGUGUUUCUUCUAAGCAUUAAUUUGAUCAAUAGCCAGAUCGAGGAUUGGCGCCUAGGGAAGAACGGCAAAGAUGGAUCAAUUAUUUCAAUCCUACCGGGAUGAUGAGCGACGUAUUGGUGAGGAGUAUUUGUCGAGUCUACAGGAUUUGAACUGCAAUAGCAAACCGCUUAUCAACAUGCUCACAAUGCUGGCCGAGGAGAACAUCAACUAUGCGCACGUCAUAGUCCGCGUGGUGGAAUACUACAUCAGCCAGGUGCCGCCCGAGUUUAAAUUGCCCAUACUAUAUUUAAUUGAUUCGAUAAUUAAGAAUGUGAAAAGCAGCUACGUACAGUUGUUUGCGCAAUGUAUAGUCAACAUAUUCCUCAACGCGUUUGAAUCGGUUCAGCAUUCCCAGUCCCAGUUGUUGGAGAAGGUGCGCGAACGAAUGUACGCCCUGCGACAGACCUGGAACGAGGUUUUCCCGCCCUCCAAGAUGUAUGCCCUAGACGUGAAGGUGAAGCGUCUAGAUAAUAACUGGCCCAUUACGGCCAAGAAUCCCACUAACAAAAUACAUGUUAAUCCCGCCAUUCAUGUUAAUCCGGACUUUCUAAAACCGGGUAUGGUCCCUGGGAUGCCAGCUGCUACAGUGGCCACACUGUCCAGCGACAUGGAGGAGAUCCUUCAGGCCAAGACCCGCGAGCUUCUGGAGCUCAAGAAGCGCAAACUGGAGCUUGAGCUGGAGCAAACCAAAAAGCAUUUAGAGGAGCAAGAGCGUCAGCUGAACCAGGCGACGGAUGCCAUUGCUGUCGCACCCGUUGUCGCUAUGCCAGCACCACCUGCUGCUGUUGCUGCUCAUCGUCCACCCAUUAUGGAUCCAACUAUCCGAAAUUCUAGAACCCCUGGGAUUCCUGCGAUACCAAAUACGCCAGCUGCACAACAGCCAUUUGCCUCAAAACCAAGGGUUAAUCCGGUCAAUCCGGCUCUACUAAACUCUGUGCGACAUCGUGACCCCCGUUUGGCACGACAGAUGCAAUCACAGUCAUCUCAUCAGGAGGUAGCUUCCUCACGCUCUUCCGAUCCCCGUCUGGAGGGCAAAUCCUCAUCUUCACAGAAAUCUAGUCGAUCGCGCAGCAAGUCACCGUCACGCAACAGCAACAGUCGUUCCACCAAGAGCAACAAUGGCAACAGCUCUCAUCCAAACAGCUCAUCGAAUCGCAAACGCAGCGAGUCGAAGAGCUCAACAUCCUCUUCGGGUUCCGAUAUACGACACAAAAGCGGCGGUGGCGGUGUCAGCAGCUCCACACUAUCGCCUGGCAAACGCUCAUCUAAACAACCCUCAAAGGAGCAUUCCGAGCGAUAUGACCGCAAUGGAUCACCGUCAAAUUCGAAGCGUAAAAGCACCUCUCCAACCUCCUCGCCAUCAAAGUCAAAGCGCAAUGCGUCUCACAAAUCGUCAUCGUCCAUGCGAGGAAAGUUGUCUUCGGCUCGAUCCCGCAGCCGUUCGCCGAUCUUCAUGGACGUGGACCUGCGCAGUGGUGGUCGAAAAUCUCCUGAACAGAAAUCAACCACUCCAGCAGCCGCAUCUCAAGUGGCAUCAGCACCACCAUCAUCAUCAACAGCAUUAGCACCGGCGGCGGUAGCGGUAGCGGCAAAAGUGACAGUCACCACGAAUGAUUUAGAGAAACAUACAUUUCAAAUACUCGAACCAGGCCAUCCAGCUCCUGCAGCUCCAAGUCCACCCAUUAUGGUGGCAUCCAGUAUGGACAUUGACUUGAGGCGGCCCCAGACGCCGCCUCCUCCAUCGUUCUGCAUAACCAAAAGCAAACCAGUCGACCAGAGCAGCAGAGCCAGCACCAGCAACACCAACACGACUACCCCAUUCACAUCCAAAUCCAACAGCAACAGCAUCAGCAGCACAACAAAAAUUGCUAGUAGCGCCUCCAACGCAUCAUCGCCAUCAUCUACUAGUACUACGUCUUCUUCAAAAUUGCCCGCAAAAGUGUCGUUCAAAAUACAAAAACAGUUUAAUAAAUUAGAUAAAUCUACAGCGAAUUUAUCAACAGCAUUACUGCUAAGCCCAUCGACAUCUGCAUCUACAUCAGCCGCAGCAUCUGCACCGCUAGUCAAUCAGGGUAAUGUAUCGGAGGCACUGCAGCAAUCCAUCAGCAAGUUGCUGCAGGUCCAAGGUGCCACUGGGGAGAAGCGACCCGCAGAUUCGAUGCCCCCAGAGAUCGACGAAGAGGGACAGCCGCCGCAGCAGAAACGCAGCAAGUCAACAAAACUGGACGCUCUCUUUGGCAGUGAGGAUGUUGAUCUGCGGCGCGAGAUACCCGCUGUGGUAAAGCCUGGAAGUGUUAAUGCAGUCAUCGUCGUCGAAGAUGACUCAAUGGACAAUUGCGACGUGGAAAAGCCAACAUUCAGUGAGCUGCGUGCCAAGCUAGCAAAAUCUGCCCGUCAUCAGAAGCCAUCCGGCAAGGCCGACAAAGCCAGAGAUCAGUCUGUGGUGCAGCGAAUCAAGCAGCUGGCCGAGCUGAAGGCCAACGAUGAUUCGCAGGAGGCGCACGACGAGAAGAUGCGCACGAUUCUCAGCCAGGCUCAUGAGAUGUUCGAGAACCACAACAUGAACGAGAACCAGUACAAGGACCUCGUACAGAAGGUUGUGGCCAUUAACGAGAAUAGCAAGCUGAACAGCAAGGAGUCCCGGCGCCGUCCCGAUGGUGCCGAAGUGGAGCGCAAUGCAGCCCGAGAUGCUGUUCUACGCAAGCGGAUACCGAAGCUAAAGAGCAACGAGAAUCAUGCCACUGGCUCCCCACGCAGCGAUGGUUCUCCCAGAUACGAGGAUCAGGCAACGCACGGAUCGACGUCACCCGGGAAGCCGCCGCAAAACAAACGGGAGAAGUCGAAGCGAGAGAACAAGAGACGAAAGCCCAGUAAAUGGGGUGAACAGGUGGAUCCUGCGGCAGCUCAAAGAGCUGCCUGGCAGCUUGCCAAUGUCAAUAACAACAACAACAAUAACAACAACAAGAGAGCAGGUGGUUCGGUGCCUGUUGUGCCUGCCGGGUUCCGUGGAAUGCCCUGGCAACAGCCGCCAGCGAUUGUGAUGCCUCAAACGGUCGUACCGCCACCCCCGCAGCCACCCUCGAUGUUGGGUCUGCCACCAGUGCCACCCGUAACAAUGACAAAGGCCAUUAACUCACUGGACAACCCCAUGGCGGAUGUGGUGCGCAGCAUUACCAUUGAUGGCGGAUCGAAAGAGAUUCGGUUCUACAACCAGGUGGCCAUCAUCUUUAUGGAUGGCGACGAGCCGCACGAAAUUGGCUUCCAGCAUGGCCAGCGCGUGAUCCUGAUCGAUCACAACGACCCACUGCCGCUGAGCUUCAACGACGACUACAAGCCAAUCCAGCUGGAUGGCGCCCUGCAUCGCAUUCGCUUCGGCUUCCCCUCCCGCGAGCUCUACAUCGACGAUCAUUGGUAUGAGAUUUACUUUGGAGGACCGCCAGUCUCUCUGCCCAUUGGCAACAACCUGCACGUGCUCAAGGCGGAGGGUCCUCCUCCCAAUGUGGACAUAGGCAGGGUGCGUCGCGACCUGGUCGUUGGCAAAAUAAACAUGAUCGUGGAUGCGCACACCAUUGUGCCUCUCUUCCUGGAUGCCAGACAGCAGACCUUCCAGCUAGGAGCCGAACAGCAUUCCAUUCAGUUUGUGGACAGCUUCCAGUACGCUCUCCUCGAUGGCCAGCUCCAGAAGAUUGAAUAUGGCGGCCUGCCAAAGGGCAUGAAGCUGAAUGGCGGACGCAGCUGCUUCAUUCGCUUCGGGACGUUGCCAAAAGGCGUUGUGGCCGGCAAGACGCACGUGGCCGAUAUGGUCUACAUCAAGACAGAAGCCCCCGCUGAGCCACCCCAGCCUCCACCGAUGAUUGUCCAGCCCCUGCCCGUGUUGGAGCAGCCAAAGGCUGCAGCACCAGCCGUCUCCCUGCCAGCGGCCUCCGCUGCUCUUGGCAAUCUGAAUAUCAAUGAUUUGUUCCAAAAGCUAGUCUCGUCUGGAAUAAUUGGUGGCGCCGCCACCUCCUCUAUUCCGGCCAUAUCAGGUGCCGACUCAGCCUCCACCAAAGAAGCUCCUGCAGCCUCAGCUCCAGUGGAAGCUCAAAAAACAGCCGCCGCACCGGUGUACACCUCGCCGCCCACGGAGCCUAUCAAACGCAUCAAUCUGCAGAGACCAGACACUAUCAAGACCAGACAGUCGGCCGUGGUGGCCACGCUCUACCUGGGAAUGCAGUGCAGCAGCUGCGGUGUGCGUUUCCCGCCCGAGCAGACCAUCAAGUAUAGCCAGCACCUUGACUGGCACUUCCGUCAGAACCGACGGGAGCGUGACUCGACCCGCAAGGCGAUCUCCAGGCGCUGGUACUAUGACCUGAACGACUGGCGGCAGUACGAAGAGAUUGAGGAUGCGGAAGAGCGUGAGAAAAACUUCCUGGAGACACAGGGCCAGUCGGGCGGACCCGAUGCAAUCGAUGAUCUCUCCCAGCAACGAUCGCUGGACUCGCCAGUACCCACCUGCGCAGCCGGUAACGAUGAUGUGGACCGCUCUUGCGACAUGUGCCACGAGAAGUUCGAGCAGUUCUACAACGAGGAGCUGGAGGAAUGGCACUUGCGCAGUGCCAUUCGGGUCGAGGAUAAGAUCUACCAUCCAUUGUGCUACGAGGACUACAAGGCCUCGUUGAACCCUCCAGCACCAGCUAAGGCAGAGCAGACAGACGCCAAUGAUGUGGACAUGAACAACACCGACGACAAUGCAAUGGACACGAUACUUAAGCUGGAGGAUGAGGAUAAGGCAGAUGACACCGGCAAGCCGUCGCAGAACAUGUUCGAUGAUGACGAUGAUGAUGUCAUUGUGUUGCCCAACGAGGAGCCCAGCGUCACGGAAAUCGUGGACGACGAUGAAGAUGAGUAUGUCCCGGCUAAUGUGACGCGUGCCGAAAUGGGCGUCGAGGCCGAGGACAAGGACAAGAUGGAUCAGAGCUCUGGCUGCGAGGAGGAUGGGGAGAAGCAGAAGAGCAGCCAGCAGCCACAGAAUGAGUCAGCCAACGAGUCCGAUGUGGAGAUCCAAGAGCCGAACAUUCCCUUCACCGAUCUGGACACGUAUGUGGAGAAGGAGAUGGAUGAGGAGACGCGCUUGGCCCUGCUAAAUGUAAAGAUCAAAGAGGAGCCCAAGGACGAGUACGAGGAGGACGAAGAUGAUGGCUUCGAAGAUGUGGGAACGGUAGUGCCACUGCUGCCAUUACCCGAGGAUGAGAUAUCCAUUAACAGCAGCGAAACACAAACCCAAACGAUUGGGUCCUCCCCAUCGCCGGCCACCGUGGAGCGACCAGCUUCAGUGGCCUCGCUCUCACUUCCUGCCAACGAUGAUGAGCUGGAGGCCGCGGACACGGUGGCGACGGUGGCCAGCGCGGAAACAGAACUGAAUGGAGAGCCGCAAGAGUCAAUGCAUAACCUGAGCGCAGCGGGACCGGCACCGGCAUUACCUUUGGCUAGCUUAGUUAAUAGAAUCAAAAUAAAUAUCACUAAGAAUUCAAGUAGUAAUAGUCAUAAUAGUGCCUCCAACGCUUCAUCGACGCCGGCAGCAACAGCAGCAACGAUGGGAUCGGGAGCGGAUACGCAAGUCUCGGCAAUCAGUGUCAUUGGCGGCUCCGGAAACUGCAGUUCUGCGGAGACCUCGCAGCAAGUGAACGCAAUUCAAACCAUUUCCACCAUUCCAGUUCUCUGUGGCGGUAACACAUUCGUGCCCAAGAUUGCCACCAGUGCUCCAGCCAAUAUCAGCUCCAUCUCAGUCAUUGGCAGCAGCUACGGCAACAGCAGCAGCAGCAGCAACAGUCGCAGCACCAACACAAUAGCCACCACAAUGGCACCGAGUACGGCAACAGUCUCGGCGGGGGUUGUCGUCGUUGCCCAGAAACCAGCAACACCUCCUCCUGCUGUGGAUGCCGAUCCGGAGCCGGUGGUUGAACUGAAGCCAGCGUUACGGAAUGUGACGCUCAAACGAACGAAAAAGGUCCAAAAUGGCACCGAAACCUCGGGUCUCUGCUCGAUCAUGUAACUCGGCCGAGAACACAGAUAUUCCUAUUUAAUUUUUUUGCAAUUAUUUUUACACGUUACUUAGUUUUAGCAAGAUAAUUAUUCAAACGUUCUCCAUCGCGGAGCGUUAUUUGUUCUUUGUAGGUACCCAUUACGCACUAGGGGCCGAGCGCGCCUCCCAUCGGGAGCCUCUAGCCAACACACAUUCGUCUUCAUCGUUCAUUAC